AUAUCGGAGCAUCCCACUUCAUCGUCAGACACCGAUCUAUCCAGAGGUUGCUUCUUUGUUCGUCUUCAUCUCUAUAGCAAGACAGGAUUACAUGCUUUCAUCCGUCAGCAGCCCGAAUGGUGCGCUGUGUUCUUUGUCAGCGGCCGCCUCGAGUCAAACAGUUUGUACGGGCCUCAGCAGCAGAAAUGAGGUAGAAAGCAUGAGUUAUUCUUUUUAA